GAGGAGGGGGAGGGACGGACUAUUCUACUAGGAAACGGCCGAAUGAAUGGACACGGUGGCCGCCGAGGAUGUGUGGCGUUUCUGUUUGCCGAAAAGGCUUCCCGAAAGUCAGACUGACAACAGAGCGGACAUUCGCGGGAUGCCAAGAGAAAAGGAGCCACUAAGCCCCUCGGCACAACACCAAAGGCUGGACUAGCGGAGUUCCGACAUGGGUGUCAGGGAUCAAGGGAAGACCUUGCGUCAACAGGUUUCCCAGCAGAUCCACUGAACGAGGUCUACAGGCGGCAUUCUGAUCUCUGUUUGUGUUUCGCCUCGAAAGAACUACGUGACAAUUUGAUUGGUUUUCAGUACGACCAUUUCAAGGAUAAGGCAAAUCGCUUUGGCUUCUGUGCAUAUUUUUGGUCACCUUCGCAACGGCGCGAGGCUAUCAUUGCAUCCACGUCGAUAUGCGUAACUCUGAUCAUUAGAAACUUUUUUAUACAACGUCACUUGCGGCCGGUGUGCAGGACCUGAUAUGCGCAGUGAAGGGUCCAGCAGAAACCUCGGUGGAACUACACUAACUUGAAUGAUCCAGCGGAACACGGCAGCCAGUAAUGCAUCGCUACGGGUCUCCGCCACGGAGCUGGCUGGGGCUCCGUCUCCGCUUAAGUGAGAAGCCCCUGCUGGAGGAGAAGGGGGGCAUCCUGUGCCAGCACCCAUCUUGCUCCGCCCCCUGCCCCGCUACCAAGGCGUGCCACCACCCUGCCUGUCAGGAGCUGAGAGGGGGGGCGCCCCUGCACCUGUGUGAGUCAUGUGACUCUCGCUGUCACCCCACGGUCCCCGGCAACAUGCUCUUUGACAGACACCCACGUUUCGACCUGCAGCCACAAGGUUCCAUCCUGGCCAGGAACGUGUCGACUCGCUCCUGCCCCCCCCGCACCGGCCCCUCAUCUGACAUGGAGGAGGCUGAAGACUGGGGAAGCGACAUGGGGGAUCGCAAGAGUGGAGGGAUGAAGUUGGUCAAAAAGAAACCGCGGCGGCGACACACAGAUGACCCCAGUAAAGAGUGCUUCACUCUGAAGUUUGACCUUAAUGUGGAUGUUGACAUGGAGAUUGUUCCAGCUGUUAAGAAGAAAACACUGAGGGAGGUGUUGGGGCCGGUGUUUGAGCAGAAGGGCCUUGAGCUGGCGCGGGUGGAGCUGCUCCUGGAUCAGUCGAACACGCCGCUCUCCCUGGGCUUUGAGGCCUACCGCUUUGGAGGUCAUGAACUGAGGGUCAGAGCACGGGCUGGAGAGGAGCUGAAACUGGAUUGGAACCUCAGAGACCCUCGCUCUCUCUCUCUGCCCAUCCUGAGGACCGCCGCUCCGGCCAGCAGCACCGACGACAGACCAGAACACCGGUCACUGGGGCGCCGAGAUACCACAGACCUGCUGAGUCAGCCUCGGCGGCGUAAGAACAUGACGGAGUUCCUUGGCGACGCCUCCGCCCCGCCCCCAGACACGCCCCCUCUGAGCGCGUCCCUGCCCACCCCCGGAGGCGAGCGCUGGAAGAACCGCGCAGCCAACCGCUUCAGCGUCUUCUUCAGCUCCUCCUCCGCCAACGGGGCCCUCGGCAAGGACCUGGACCGCGUUGAGCAGCUGCAGGGGAAGCUCCACUCGUACACUAAAUUCGGAUUACCCAAGAUCCCCCAGCAGCUCUCCUUCCACCGGGACGCGUGGGAGGAGGAGACCGACCUGGACAUGGAGGACAGCUGGCAGCAGCUCCUGGAGAACCCAGAGGCCCUCAGCAGGAAGCAAGCUCACCAGCAGGAGGCCAUAUGGGAGCUGCUGCAGACGGAGUCUACAUACAUCAAGAAGCUCCACGUCAUCACUGAUCUGUUCCUCAGCGGGCUGUUGAACUUGCAGGAGAGCGGGCUCCUGGGGGAGGUGGAGGCUCCUCGCCUCUUCAGUAACGUGCAGGAGCUCCUCCACCUUCACACCUCCCUCUGGGCGGAGGUCAUGCUCCCCACCCUGGACUCUGCACGCAGGACACACACACCGCUCGACCCCACACACCUGUACCAGGGCUUCAUCACGUUUGGUUUCAGGUUUAAACCCUAUAUUCGCUACUGCAUGGAAGAGGAGGCCUGUGGGGAGUAUAUGCGCAGCCUGCUCAAAGACCACGAGAUUUUCAGGAUAUAUGUCACUUGGGCAGAGGCCCAUAAGCAGUGUAGUCGUCUGAAGCUGACGGACAUGUUGGUGAAACCUCACCAGAGGCUGACCAAGUACCCCCUGCUGCUCAAGAGCGUCCUCAAGAAGACGGACGAGCCCGCCGCACGAGACGCACUCAACAGGAUGGUGUUGUCGGUGGAGAAUUUCAUCAACAGCGUAGACGGUCAGAUGAGGCAGCGGGAGGAGAGGCAGAGGCUGGCGGCUAUCGCUGGACGCAUCGAGGCUUACGAGGCUGUGGAGGCCGGCAGCGAGGAGGUGGACAAGAUUCUCAGGGAGUUUAACCAGUUUGACCUGACGGCUCCGGUGGUGGGCGUGUCCAGUGAGGAGACCAGACAGCUCUACCUAGAGGGGGCGCUACGCAUGAAGGAGGGCAAGGACAGCAGGGUGGAGGUGUAUUGUUUCCUGUUCACGGACCUGCUCCUGAUCACGAAGCCCGUGAAGCGUGUGGAGCGUGUGCGUGUGCGUGUGAUCAGGCAGCCGCUGCUGCUGCAUAAGGUGGUGUGUCGCGAGCUCAAGGACCCCGGGGCCUUCCUCCUCCUCUACCUCAACGAGUUCCAGCACGCCGUCGCCGCAUACUGCUUCCAGGCCAACAGCGCCACCCAGGGGCGGAGCUGGGUAGAGGCCAUCACCAACGUACAGAAUCAGUUCCAGAGGCUUCGCUCUGAGGAGUUUGAGCGUCAGCACGCCAUUGGUCGAGGCCAGAGAAGAGAGGAAGACGAGGAGGAGGAGGAAGAGGGCACAGAAAGCAGCAUGAGCACAUCCAGCUCCCCCUCUCUCCAGCACAAGGAAACACUGAGCCAAUCAGACGGCUCGACUGAGACUCUGGCCGUGGUUGCCAUGGAGGAGACGGAUGGCGUGGGCGUGUCCUCGUCGCUCUCUGAGACGGAGUGGGCAGGGCCUGAGGGGGCGCGGCUGCACUCUGAUUCGUCGAGCCCCAGGGGCUCUCUGUCUGUGGGGGAGGGGCCAACAGUGGGCGGGGCUCUGGAGGAGGCGGAUCCAGAGAGCCGAUCGCUGUCGAUGGACAGCGCCUACGGAACCCUCUCCCCCCAAUCCCUGACCACGCUCGAGCUGAGGGCGGCGCUGGAGGAGGGGUUGAGGGUGGGACAGAGCGAGGGGGAGGACACCGAGGCCGAGGAAGAGGAGGUGUUUGAGGAGGAGGAAGAGGACGCCGAUGACGAAGAUGCCACGGCCUGGAACGGCUCGCAGGUGACCGUGAACGAGACGCCGUUUUUGGAGGACAGCAGAGCCACCCCUGAGGCCGGAUACCGCCCCCCUGUGGCGGAGCACGCGCUGGCAGCGGGCACAGCCCUGUCGCUACGGCGAUGGUCACGCGUACAGUCCUCUCGCCCCGCCCACCGCUCGCGCUCCGAGGAUGACCUCCUGCAACUCUCGGACCGUAACCGUGGAAACCAUCAUACAAGCUCCUCCCUCCUCUCCAGACCCACCUCCCAAAGCGCCGAGCUCCUCCUCUCGGGGGCGGGGCCUGCACACGGCGUGCCCGGGCUGAGGGGCGUGUCUGAGGCGCUGUCGGGGCCCGUGCUGCGGGCUCAGGGUCGGCAGGUGGCGCGCACCCUCAGCUGCCCCAGCGGCCCGGCAGAGGAGGAGGAGGAGGAGGAGGAGGAGGAGGAGGAGCAUGAGGAGGAAGAGGAGGAGCAAGAGGAGGAGCAGGAGGAGAGGAGCACAGCGCCACCUGCUGCAUGGGAGGGGAAGCACGAGCUCACGCCGGCCCAGAAGCAGAAGAAGAAGCUGACGCGCGCUCAGCUACAGCGCCUUAGAACCAGCAUGGUGCUCAACUCCACUCUCACUGCCUCGGAGGUGUAGUGUUCUCCAGGCCCCGGUCGUCAGGGCAACCGAGGGAACACCAUGAGCUGGUCUUCUGGUGGGGUUCUCUACUGACACGUCAGGCCCUGUCGUCAGGGCAACAGAGGCAGAACCUACAGUAGAACGACAACUGCCUCAUGAAGGACAAGGUCACGUCACGUCACCCACAGACACCUCAGUGACGGACUCUCCAACCUUACGCCUCUGGUCUCCAGCAGUACUGUUGUUUUUUGCUCUGUGAUGGACUAUAAUGACGUGUGUGUGUGUGUGUGUGCAGGGAGACAGCGGGUAAACCCCACUCCCCGACACCUUAGAGACGUGUGUGUGUGUGUGUGCAGGGAGUAAACCCCACUCCCGACACCUUCAGAGAUGUGCUAGAGACAGGUGCUAUCACCCCUUGCUAGCACGCCCACCUCCCAUGCCCACGAUUGCGAGUCCGGUGCAGGACUGUUUGUCCACACACACAACACACACAACACACACACAUCACAACACCGGUCACAUU